AUGAGGGUUUUGGAAGAAAAUAAGGACCACGACCUCCAACUUGAGAGCGUCAUUGUCUAUUAUAAUAGGUCCUGUUAUGACCACCUUGCUAAGGUCAACCAGAUCCUAAGCCUAAUCAUUGGCACCUUUUACAGCAAUAAAGAGAUUUUCUUUCGCGAGCGUGCACACAAUUCCUCUAAUGCUUUGGAUAAGAUCCAAUUCGAGGGUCUCACAUACAAGAAUGAGCUAGUUGUUCAACCAGAGCUCUUCAUUAGGGUCAUCCUUAACAAGGUCAACAAGACCCUCUCUAUCAUUCACAGAGGCAUCGACAUGACCAAAACAUAUUUGGGGACCAAAGAUUUCAUGGAGGUGAUGCAGGCCAGAGGGGAUGUGAGCAUGAUUGGUUGA